AUGACUGAAACCCGGAGGAUGCCAAUCAAGGUGUUAUACACUUUCGAUGAUUCACAAACACCAUUCCUUCUUCGAACUCAAACUCAGUUCCCCGUCAAGUUGGCGGAGAUAGCUGGUGCCAAUGGUGACCCCAUGACCGUCGGUGGCGUCGACCUCAAACUUUGUGCGAUGGAAAUCGUCCAAGGGUCACCCGACAACUUCAAGCUUGACAGUUGUGACUACGCUGUCUACUAUAAGGACAUCACCGAACAGCCCGACGAACCUUUUGUCGGUCACGGAAACCUCAGCCAAUUCCUCAAUGGCAACGAACUGAGAAUGGUGGCAGGAAGAGUAUGCCAGAAUAUGAGUGCCAAUUUGUUUGGAGAUGAUCGUGAAGCUCUGUGGACGUUGGAGAUCCGACUCAAGCUCAACACCAUCGAAGUAUUUGGCGGCUAUGACAAGAAACGUCAGGCUGAUUCCGCACCGGCGACGUCGGGAAAGAGGUCACGCAUUGGAUCGGCGCUGGGCGCCGUCAAGGCUACUCGCACAAAGUCGCUUCCAUUGUUUUCGGCGACUCCGCUGUUGUUAUCCGUCAUGAAUGCCGAUCAGCAAAGCCGCGAACUGCGGUUUGAUCAGAAUCUGGUCAAAGACCGAUUCAAGCUGGCGCCAUUCCUCCAAGACAUGAACCGACAGGCGCGGAACAAUAAGUCAGCUUCAACCCCGACCGCUCGUGCCAUGCGUACUCGGCUGGUCUUAACGAACUACCCCCUCCAAUCACUGCCUAUUCACGAAGAGUUGAGUGACGAAACGGAUGACCUCGACUAUAAUGGCGACUAUCGCGCUAAUGACUACACCAAUAGUUUCCGCACCAACGAUGAUAAUGAAGACACGUUCAUGCUUGAUCAUAAGUUCCAGGCUCUUCCAGACGUUGAAGACUUGGACUCCAAACGUUGCCAUAUCGUGGCGGGUAAUACAUUACCCGAUAACCAUGGGCUUUGUUGCAUUAAUAACAAUUGUCGGGCUGAAAUGCUGCCUUCAUGGAGAUACAUUGAAACUGGCUUCCACUCUAACUACCAUGAAAUCCCUCGUGAAACAGACAAGUUCGAUAAGCGGCUCUACGAAGGAAUGUAUGGCCCUUUAUGUAACGCGUGUUACCUCUUUUUGAGGGCGAAAGGGUUCAUGCGUCCAGAACUGGUGGUACGCAAGUAUAAGCAGCAAAGAAAAUUUAAGGAUGAGCGCAGAAAGAAGGAGCAAAAGCUGGAUAAUGAAGGCGAUAAUAUCUUGCAUUCUGAAUCACACCGCAACUCAUGCUCAAAGCUAGCACUGUCACCCUCCAAAUUUGCGACCCCCCUGCAUACUCCCCUGGUGAUCAACCAGGCCAUUCAAAAACAACAAAACACAGUGGGACGUACCCCCAACAACGAAUUUAACGAUCUCAUGAACCAAAUCAAUGCAUUUGGUGGGCCUUUAACUGAUAUCGAUUUGCCCCUGGAUGCUGGCAUCACUCCCAUGGGCGUUACUCCUCCAAUGAUAGCUGAGAAAUUGAACACCCGCGUGAUCAAUCUUGAUGACGUUGGGAUUGAAGAGGAUGACAAGGAAAACUUUCCACCAGCAUCGCAUCACAUGGAAUUAGUUGAGUUUGAGGCAUUGCUUGCCAAAUCAAUUGAAGAUACAAAGAAUGGUGAUCCUCAGACUGAUUGGCAAGCAUUGUUUGGUGACAACUUGACUCCUCUUGAUGGGGAUGAUGACAAAGUCACCCUCAUGCCGUCACUGCCGGUUUUAGCCAAGCUGUCGCCUCCACCUGAGGCCUCACGCACCGACACCGACAUGUCUUGGGUCCAACACAAGUCUCUGACACCAAAUACCGAAUUCUGUAAUGAUGACGAAAAAUCCUAG